AAGGUCGAUUACAUUUACGCAGGCUCUCUUCCACAGUUCCACAGCCUCGAUGGCGGCUAUCUCAACUCACUCUACUCCAUUCCCACGCCUGAAACCACCCUGCGAUGAUCUGAGUUUUACCAGAAAGCUCGGCUUAUGCACGGCAAGCCCUAAUAUCCAUGUCGGGAAGCCCAAAAAACUCUCCGUUGUCUUUGCAAAUGCCGCUGAUGGGCAGCACAAAGCCCCGAGUGAAAUCACUCUCUCCACCUCCGAUCCAGCACCCCCAACCCCUCGACAAAAGGUGAGACGUCACACAAUCUCUGUAUUUGUUGGUGAUGAAAGCGGAAUGAUAAAUCGGAUUGCAGGGGUCUUUGCACGGAGAGGGUAUAACAUUGAGUCCCUUGCUGUUGGUCUGAACAAGGACAAGGCUCUCUUUACUAUAGUUGUGUCUGGGACUGAAGCAGUGUUACAGAAUGUUAUGGAACAGCUACAGAAGCUGGUCAAUGUAUUGAAGGUUGAAGAUAUAUCAAAGGAGCCACAAGUUGAACGUGAACUGAUGCUAAUAAAAAUUGAUGCAGAUCCAAAAUUCCGUGCUGAGGUUAUGUGGUUGGUAGACAUCUUUAGGGCCAAAAUUGUGGAUAUCUCAGAUCACUCACUCACUAUUGAGGUAACUGGAGAUCCAGGGAAGAUGGUUGCAGUUCAGAGGAACUUGAGUAAAUUUGGUAUUAGGGAAAUUGCCAGGACCGGAAAGAUUGCCUUGAGACGGGAAAAGAUCGGGGAAUCUGCUCCUUUUUGGCGGUUUUCAGCUGCUACAUAUCCUGAUCUUGAGGGAGUGAUGCCCAUUGAUACUGUUUCAAGGAAAACAUUGAGAUCUCAUAAUGGGUAUGCUGAUUCUACAGUUGGGGGAGAUGUUUAUCCAGUAGAGACAGCUGAUGAAGCUCCAGUCAGUCAAGUUCUUGAUGCUCAUUGGGGUGUUCUCACUGAUGAUGAUACUAGUGGGCUCCGUUCACACACAUUAUCAUUGCUUGUAAAUGACUCUCCUGGAGUCCUCAACUUAGUGACAGGGGUUUUUGCUAGACGUGGCUACAAUAUUCAAAGUUUAGCUGUUGGGCAUGCUGAAGUUGAAGGACUAUCCCGCAUUACAACUGUAGUUCCUGGUACUGAUGAAUCAAUCAGCAAGUUGGUUCAGCAACUUCAUAAAUUGGUAGAUCUCCAUGAGGUUAGGGAUCUUACCCACCUGCCAUUUGCCGAGCGAGAACUCAUGUUGAUAAAAGUUGCAGUAAACGCAGCUGUCCGUCGCACUAUUCUUGAUAUUGCCAGCAUUUUUAGAGCAAAAGCUGUUGAUGUGUCUGAUCAUACCAUAACUCUUGAGCUUACUGGAGAUUUGCAUAAGAUGGUUGCUCUACAGAGGCUGCUGGAACCCUAUGGUAUUUGUGAGGUGGCUCGAACUGGACGUGUGGCACUGGCACGUGAAUCCGGGGUGGACUCAAAUUACCUCCGAGGAUACGCUUUCCCAUUAUAGAGUCAGUUAGGGUUGUUGAACUAAAGGAGGGUGGCAUGAGUCCGGAAGGAGUUUUCCAUUUUCUUAAAAUAGGAACCUGCAAUUUGCAAAUUUAAGUAUACGUGUCCUUGUCAUCUUCUGGUAUUAUAAUUACUCCGUAUUUUGGAGGGUAGGAUUUUGAGGCAAUAAAGACAUGGACAAGUCUGUUGUAGCCUUAUUCAGCUUUUCUAGUCAGUUGCUUUUAAAUUAGCAAAUAACACUAGAAUAUAAUAUAGCUUGUUUA